AUGGCAUCUGAAACAGACGAGCAGCUAAGGCUGGAUGAAACGCUGAAAACGUUCGAACUGCUGCAUGCGAGCCCACCAUCGACCACCAAAGCCACGUCCUUGAUCGCAAAGAAUCCGUUUCGAGCCGAGUUGGAAAGCAGCGGAGAAACGCGUGUGAAGGAUCGGCAGCUGAUACGAAAAAUAUUCGGCAACCGCUGUGAGUGUGGCGCCGAGCGUACACCAAUCUCCGCAGCAUCGGUGCUUCAUGGCAAGCACAGCGCUUCACUGCACAUCGAGCACAGCAUCCGCAACCAACCUGCCUUCAAGCACAAGCACCGCACCGAUCGGAAGACGAUCGUUCGCGAUUCCAUGCUGCGCAACAUCGGCAAGUGCGUGCACCAAAGCUUGCGGAAGAUGCACGAUGCGAAGACCUCGACCGGGGCAGCCGGUUCGCCGCUGAAACCGUCCCUAUCGGAGACCAAUCUCGCUAAAUGCUUUGCCAACGAGACAGGUGAUGAUUUGCUCGAUUUUAGGUUACUGAUCACACAGUGCAACGAGCUAUCGCUCGUACCAGGAGGUGAACUGUGCGCAUUGCGGCAGCAAGAGGACGAUACGCCCAACUUUUCGAACAACAGUUUCCGCGCGCUGCGGUCCACAGAUCUAACAUGGCAGCAGCUCAGCCGAACGUCGGCCAAUGCCAGGCACUAUCGCAAGCGUCAGUUGAAGAAAUCCAACAGUACCUCAUCGCUCGACAGCGACGGCAGCAGUGUAGAGGUUAGCUACAAGGGCACCAACACCCGAUGUGGAUCGUCGUGUGGUCCCGGAGGCCUUGAUUCGCAGGGUAGCAUCGCGAUCGACGGCGAAGGACUGGCGAUGGCGUCACUGUUGCCGGCCUUGCCUUCAGCUAGUGGGUUGUCCUCAUCUGGCUGCCAGUCCACUGCUUCCGGUGGCAACACGGGUGUACCAUCUGCUUCCUCGACUGCGGCAUCCUGCUCGCAACAGGCUCGUCUCAAUGCCAUGCCCUGCGAUGUGACGAUCGACGAGAUGGCCAGCUACUUCGAAACGCUCGUCUACAUCCCCAAAAAGAUGUCCACAAUGGCGGAGAUGAUGUAUAUUUAAGGUUCCCGCAAGGGUUGCGAUAAACGGCAGCAGGGAUACUGGCUCACCCAGGUUUUCUGUUCCAAAUUGUGGUAGCGGUAACAGUGUUUUUCGACGUCUACGGUAUUGUGUCCUGUACAUUUAUUUCAUUUUCUUUUUGGGUGUUAGUAUUGUACGUAUACAUUUCAAAGUAUCCUUAGGUACUUGCCAAACAUGCUAGUUGAAAGCGCAGCGUAACUAUGUGACAUUAUAUUACACAAAAUUAGGGAAUCUAUUCUGUUGGAAUGUACUUUACAUGUAGCUGAACCUACGUUUUUUAGGACUCGAAAAAAUGAGAGAAGCGGAAGAAGAAAAAUUGAACUCGUAAGUUAAAUUGCUAAAACCACAAACAUCAGUUAGCUUAAUUUCGCCUGUAUCCUUUUUGCGACUGAGAUGAAUUUUGUCGGAAGUAAGAACCGCGUAUUGUAAUGGGUGAUUACCAGGAAAAUACAACGUCCCCGAAUCGAACGACGGUUGGGAGUAGGUUAAGAUUUGUGACGGAACACCGAACAACCCGUUUAUAUCCACGUUCCACUACUGUCUGUCCUUAAAGAGGGAUCCCUGUAAAUAGAUGUAUUGUCCUUCGUUCGCUAAGUGGCCUCACGCAUGAUAUGCGUUCACGGGGGCUCCUAAGCGUGUGCUUGUGUGUAUGAGUGCAAGCUUUUACCAGUAGUAAAAUGUAAUCCUCUUUAUCCAGGCUCAUGGCCGAUCACAAAUGAUAAACUAGGUUUUACUUGGUGGACCACGAUUCAUCGCGCACCAUUGCCGAUCGUGAGAUCAUAAUUCUAGUGAAAAGUGUAUUUCAGGUACAACCAAUGAAUGGGAUAUAACAAAAUCAGCAACAAGAUAAACUAGUAUCCCCUUUCCCAUGUUUUAUGCCACACCAGUCAUAUUAUGUGCUGUAGUUAAUAUGUAUCUCGAAGCGCGGCUCAAACCAAGAAGAGAGAAUAAGCGAGUAACGAGAACAAACGAAAACUGAAAGUGUAGACCGAAUUUAUUCAUCGUUCUUCAUUUUGUAUUCAUUGUUUUAAUAAAUAAAGGAAACAUACGA